AGGGUCAAACUCUAUCAAAUUUAGGGUUCGUAAUUGAACAUUUCCCCGUUGGUGUGAUUCUGAGUCAAACCCAACCCCCGAACUGUGCUCCAAUGGCAGAUGAUGGUUCCGCAGCUAAUCGAAGAGACCCAAUUAAGUCUUCAGUUGGGAACGUCGCGGGACAAAGAAGGCGGCAACAAGCCGUUACGGUGGCAAAGGAAAGACGAGAAUCACUUGUUCGAGCCAAGCGGCUUUGUAGAGUGGGCGCUAAUGGCGAUGAUGAUGAUGAGGAUCCUCAUGUUGAAAAUGAGAUGCUGAUUGAUGAAGACCAGCCAGUUCUGGAGGCUCAAACUAGUAAAGCCGUGGAAGAGCUCAAGUCUGCUGUUCUCUAUCAGGGGAAAGGUGGAAUGCAGAAGAGGGUGGUUGCUCUUCGGGAACUCAGGCGUUUACUAUCAAAAUCCGAGUUCCCUCCUAUUGAAGCUGCGCUCAGUGCUGGUGCAGUGCCUUUGCUUGUUCAGUGUCUUUCCUUUGGCUCUCCCGACGAACAGUUACUUGAGUCAGCUUGGUGUCUUACUAACAUCGCUGCUGGAAAACCUGAAGAAACUAAAGCUCUAUUGCCUGCAUUGCCGUUGCUCAUUGCACACCUUGGAGAAAAGAGCUCUGCGCCGGUGGCUGAGCAGUGUUCGUGGGCAGUUGGUAAUGUUGCGGGUGAAGGAGAAGAUUUGAGAAAUGUUCUUUUGUCUCAAGGGGCUUUGCCACCUCUAGCACGUAUGAUUUUUCCCGACAAGGGCUCAACAGUAAGAACAGCUGCAUGGGCAUUGUCAAAUCUGAUUAAGGGACCUGAGUCAAAAGCGGCAGCACAACUUGUCAAAGUCGAUGGGAUAGUUGACGCAAUUCUCCGACACUUGAAGAAAACGGAUGAAGAAAUUGCCACGGAAAUUGCUUGGAUCGUUGUUUACCUUUCUGCCCUCUCAGAUAUCGCUACAAGUAUGCUUUUGAAGGGAGGCAUUCUUCAAUUACUAGUCGAAAGAUUGGCAUCUUCAGAUAGUCUACAACUUCUCAUCCCGGUUCUACGAAGUUUAGGCAACUUUCUUUCUGUGGAUCCGAAAGCAAUGUUAACCAUCCUUAUUGGUGGAAAGAACACUGAAGAAAGUGUCAUUGGUGUGCUUGCAAAGUGCUUAAGAAGCGAACACCGUGUCUUAAAGAAGGAAGCUGCGUGGGUGUUAUCUAAUAUAGCUUCGGGAUCUAUUGAACACAAGAGAAUGAUACAUUCUACUGAAGCAGUACCCUUGUUGAUAGGGCUUCUGUCUACAUCACCCUUUGAUAUAAGGAAAGAAGUUGCGUACGUCUUGGGAAAUCUCUGUGUAGAAUGUGCAGAAGGAGACACAAAACCAAGGAUAAUUCAAGAGCACUUGAUCUCCAUUGUUUGCGGCGGUUCCCUCCCCGGUUUUAUUAACCUGGUCAGAUCUCCUGAUAUUGAAGCUGCUAGGCUUGGUCUUCAAUUCAUUGAGCUGGUACUAAGAGGAAUGCCAAACGGAGAAGGUCCAAAGCUUGUUGAAGGAGAAGACGGAAUUGAUGCAAUGGAAAGGUUCCAGUUCCAUGAAAACGAAGAGCUAAGAGUGAUGGCAAACAGUCUUGUGGAUAAAUACUUUGGUGAAGAUUAUGGAAUCGAUGAAUGAAACCGCCUCAGAGUUUAAGGGUAUAUAUCCCUGUGAGAAUAGAAAGAAGUGGGGAUGAUGGGAAUCAAAGGAAACCAGUCAUCGUAGCCUUUACUUAAAACGAAAGAAAGUGAGAGAGAUAGCGUUGACAUCAUUAGGACUUGGAUCUUCUUUCUUUGGGUUGUGUUGUUGUAAUUUGUAACCUGUGUAAUACAGUUUUGUUUAGCCAAGUGGGAAUUUUUGUAUCAGUGUUACAAGCAGGCCAAUGAUUGCAG